AUGAACAUUACCGAACUUUUCGAAUCUUCGCUGUCUUCCGACAAUGGUAUUAAAAAGUGACCUAGUUUUUCUCACCCAAAAUCGAUAAUUUUCUCCCGAUUCGUUUCCCAUUCGUAAAAAUACUUUUCGUGGUUUGAAUUGCUGUCUUUUCAUAAACCCAUUUGCAGGUUCAAUGCCUUGCCAGUGUUUCUUGGUCGGACUCGGUUACGCGGCUCUCGCUGCUGUCGCCUAUCGUUUCCUGACGAUUGUCUCGAACAUUCUGGGACCUUACGUGCUCCUGCCGGCAGUCGAUUUGAAGAAGAAAGCCGGAGCGUCGUGGGCUGGUCAGUUGUGGGGUGAUCGUUGAGAGGCAGCGAGCCUUAUCAGUUUGCAACCAAAGAGCCUACAAAGAACUGUGUUUUUUUUAUCAUUCGUGAAUCAGCACAUCGUUCGGAAAAUGUCAACAGACGAACAUAUUUUCAGUUGUGACCGGAGCCACUGAUGGAAUCGGAAAGGCCUACGCCUUCGAGCUCGCCCGCCGUGGUUUCAACGUCUUCCUCGUCUCGCGUACCCAAUCGAAGCUAGACGAGACCAAGAAGGAAAUCACGGCGAAGUACUCGACCGUCGAAGUCCGCACUGCCGCCUACGACUUCACCAAUGCUGCUCCGGGAGAAUACAAGACUCUUCUGGAGACCCUCAACCAGGUCGACAUCGGAGUGCUCAUCAACAACGUCGGAUUGAGCUACGAGUACCCGGAUGUCCUGCACAAGGUCGAAGGAGGAAUCGAGCGUCUCGCCAACAUCGCCACCAUCAACACUCUUCCGCCAACUCUGGUGAGAUAUUUUAGAAGGGAAUAAGUGUUUACCGAAUAAGUUUGUUACGCAGCUCUCCGCCGGAAUCCUGCCGCAAAUGGUCGCCCGCAAGUCGGGAGUCAUCGUCAACGUCGGAUCGUCUGCCGGAGCCAAUCAGAUGGCUCUGUGGGCUGUUUACUCGGCCACCAAGGUAGCCCUUCUUCCACGAAAUGCUCUUCUUCAACUGUAUUUUUUCCAGAAGUACGUCUCGUGGCUGACGGCCAUUCUCCGCAAAGAGUACGAGAGCCAAGGAAUCACCAUCCAGACGAUCGCCCCAAUGAUGGUCGCCACCAAAAUGAGCAAGGUCAAGAGAACCUCUUUCUUCACUCCGGAUGGCGCCACCUUCGCCAAGUCCGCCCUCAACACUGUCGGAAACGCCUCGGACACCACCGGAUACAUCAGUCACCAGAUUCAGCUCGAGCUCCUCAACCUCAUCCCGACUUUCCUGCGUGAUAUCCUCCUCACCAACGUGAGCAACGGCACCCGCGCCGCCGCCCUCCGCAAGAAGGAAAGAGAGGCCAAAGCUCAGUAA